CGUGGGCCACGGCAUCCAGAGCUCACAUAAACAAAGCCACAUUGAGGCAGGCUGGAUAGUUGGAGCUGGAGUCGCUUUAAGUGCGCGGAGUCACACACAGUUUCACCGCUUGGCGCUUUUUGCCAAAGACAGCUCAUGAUUUGGAGAUUUUAAACAAAUUUGAUGGUUACCUACUAUAUGCUUAUCGUAUGGACUGAGAGCGACGAUCCUGAUGUGAAAGAGUGGAAGGUGCAGAAAAGUGGCGCUCUCUUAAAACCUGACAUCAACACCACUCCUUUGCAUUGCCUGUUUCAAGUGUCACCGGAAAACUGUCAAAAGCUUGAGCCAUGCCCUGCGUCCAGGCUCAGUAUGGAUCAUCACCUCAAGGAGCCAGCCCCGCUUCCCAGAGCUACAGCUACCACACCGCAGGAGAGUACAGCUGCGACUUCCUAACACCCGAGUUUGUUAAGUUUAGCAUGGACUUGACCAACACUGAGAUCACAGCCACCACUUCUCUGCCGAGUUUCAGCACCUUCAUGGACAACUAUAACACCAGCUACGACGUCAAACCGCCUUGUCUGUAUCAGAUGCCGCACUCUGGAGAGCAGUCCUCCAUCAAAGUGGAGGAUGUCCAGAUCCACGGCUACCACCAGCAGAGCCACUUGCCUCCUCAGUCAGAGGAAAUGAUCGCUCAUUCUGGGCCUAUGUACUUCAAGCCGUCCUCACCACACUCCCCGAGCACGCCGAACUUCCAGAUCCAGUCCAACCACAUGUGGGAGGAUCCGGGCUCUCUUCACAGUUUCCAUCAGAACUACGUUGCGGCAACUUCACACAUGAUAGAGCAGCGCAAAAACCCCAUGUCGAGGCUGUCGCUCUUUUCGUUUAAGCAGUCCCCGCCCGGUACCCCCGUGUCAAGCUGUCAGAUGAGGUUUGACGGGCCGUUGCAUGUCUCCAUGAACCACGACGGCCCGGGCGCAGCGCACCGCGGCCUGGACGCGCAGAGCUUCGCUGUUCCCAGCACCAUCAGGAAGCAGGCCGGCCUGGCCUUUCCUCACUCCCUGCAGCUUGGACAUGGGCACCAGCUGGUGGACAGCCAGGUACCCUCGCCUCCUUCCAGAGGAUCGCCUUCAAACGAGGGUUUAUGCGCUGUGUGCGGAGACAACGCAGCCUGUCAGCACUAUGGAGUGAGGACCUGUGAAGGAUGCAAAGGUUUCUUUAAGCGCACCGUUCAGAAGAAUGCAAAAUAUGUGUGUUUAGCGAAUAAAAACUGUCCUGUUGAUAAACGCCGAAGAAAUCGCUGCCAGUUCUGCCGCUUUCAGAAGUGCCUUGUCGUCGGAAUGGUGAGAGAAGUUGUCCGAACGGAUAACCUUAAAGGACGGAGAGGUCGCCUGCCAUCCAAACCAAAAAGCCCCCAGGAGCCCUCCCCUCCUUCGCCCCCAGUGAGCCUCAUAAGCGCUCUGGUUCGGGCCCAUGUGGACUCCAAUCCCUCCAUGUCUGCUCUGGAUUACUCACGAUUUCAGGCGAACCCUGACUACCAGAUGACCGGAGACAACACUCAGCACAUCCAGCAGUUCUAUGACCUCCUGACGGGCUCCAUGGAGAUCAUCCGAGGCUGGGCGGAGAAGAUCCCGGGCUUCUCAGAUCUCCCUAAGCAGGAUCAGGAUCUUCUCUUCGAAUCCGCCUUCCUGGAACUAUUCGUCCUGCGCCUUGCGUACAGGUCCAAUCCGGUGGAAGGGAAACUUAUAUUUUGUAAUGGAGCGGUGCUGCACAGACUUCAGUGCGUCCGCGGAUUUGGAGAAUGGGUGGACGCCAUCGUGGAGUUUUCUUCCAAUUUACAGAGCAUGAACAUAGACAUCUCGGCUUUCUCUUGCAUCGCGGCUUUAGCAAUGGUGACAGAGCGACACGGGCUAAAGGAACCCAAAAGAGUCGAGGAUCUCCAAAAUAAGAUCGUCAACUGCCUAAAGGAUCAAGUGACAUUCAAUGGCGGCGGUUUGAAUCGACCCAACUACCUGUCAAAACUUUUGGGGAAGCUCCCCGAACUGCGCACACUAUGCACCCAAGGGUGGGCAGGUGCCAAGUUCUGCUGGCAGAAUAAAUCAGCAUCUUCAUAAAGCUUGUAACAGAGGGUACCAUGAAGUCGAAAGCCAUGCUGACUUUGGACUUAAAACAACACUAUGGACCGACUUCACAUGACGUGACUCUUCAAAUCAUCAAAGACAGUGGAAUUUUAAAAGAGAACCGCAAUCAACUUAGUGUUUGCAUUUCCCCCCCUUCUUCAUCUUGAGGUAUAUUUCUGGAUUUAAUGGAAUAAAUGUACUUUCAUCCACAAGAGGUACUUUAGACCAAUGAGCAAAAAAAUGUUUUUCCUCCUUCCUACCUGGUAAGAUGUUUCUGAUGUUGUCUGUGGUUCAAUAGAGGGUUAAAAUAGGGGAUAUAAUAGUUUUACCUCCUGUCCUUGAUACAUCUCUGUGUGGAUGCUCUUGAAAGACUGAAAACAAACAGUAUAAACCUUGUGAGUCUCCACAAACUCUUAACCAGGCUUGGCUUCAAAGUUUUGGUUAACAAUUUCAGAUGUUGCUGACUGUUGGACAGCUCACAGUUUUUGAAAAAUCCGCUUGUUCUACUUUUUUUUUUGUGAGAAAUUGAAUUUGGGUUUCUAAUUACCUAUGUCACAAUUAUCUAAAUGAACAGAAAUGAAUGCUUGACCAGUAAUAUACGUUUCUAAUGUGAAAUUCCUCCAAAUUAACUUUAGAAUAAUUUUGAUUUACUUCUAACAGUGUGAUACCUUGAGAUACAUAAAGAAUAUAUGAAUAGGGUGUCAAGCUACAGAAACAUUUUCCCACAUGACAUGUGCCACAUUAGUGAGGUGUGUUUACUAAGUCGUCCUCUAAUUUAAUUAGAGAAUAGAUUUCAUUGUAACAGGUUGAAUUUUGAUUAACAAUUGCAUCAACAAGCUUUU